UCCAGUUAUUAUAGAACUCAAUGGUGCGAACACAGUAAACAUCUUAUUUCUUAAUGGGCAAAAGCGACAUAAACCUCGCCAUAUUGAUUGGCGAAGGAAAAGCAAGUAUGCUUGCUAGCAGUGGUUGCCAUUUGAUACAGCUAACACUCUCAAGUUUACUUGAAAUGUGAUAUAAACCAUUUUUCUUUGAAAAGAGUGUAUGAAAAUGUUACAUGGCCGUUUUAGAUCUAGCACGGACCGACAAAAUGAAUCAACAAUGGUAGCAAAGUGCAUUGCCUCUAUAACUUCAACAUUAUUGGGCAAUGGCCAAAGAAUAAAAUGUUGCAUGUCAUCAGAAAACAUGUCACUUAUAUGUUGUACACCUCAGCUCCUUCAAACCAUUGACAUUCAGCAUCCUGCUGGUUGUAUCAUUAACAAUGUUUGUCAGAGUUUUCAUCAUGAGUAUGGAUGUGGAUCGACUACAUUAGUUUGUAUGAUUGGCUUCUGGUCCGAUGCUUUGCAGGAUCUUUUAGAUAAGGGAGUUCCUCGUGUGGUAAUGCUGACUGUUCUGACGGAUAUCAUCGAUGACUUUGAAAUUAUUUUGAAAAAAACAUGUAUUUCUUUGGAUCAACUCCGAGACGUUCGACUACGUUUUAAUGAAAUGAAAAGACAAGUUAUUCCCUUUGAACGUGGUUGUAAUUUAAGCAUUCAAAAACAUUCUUCUAUCGAGGAUGCAACUGCGAAGACCGUGUAUUAUUCAGACAAGCAAAGUGGAGUUUUACUGAAUGAACGGAAACACUCUUCAAAAUUCAACAGUUUCAGUUUAAAAGAAAUUGAUCACCCAAAUUUAGUGAAUGAGUGUCAUGCUUAUUUUGAGGAAUUUAAUCAAGAUGAAGAUAAUACCACCACCGGAAGAAAUUGUUUAAACACAUUACAGGAAAAGCGCUUUAAAGAUGUAAAAAUAGGAAGAUGUUCACGAUUUAUGUCACUUAACGAUUCUGGUUUUAUUCCACAUUCUAAUGUUCAUUUUCUAGAAGAAAAAUAUUCUGAUUCUAGGUUUUGCUUUGAGUCGAUAGCAAAGAACACUGUUAAUGUAAAGAGUAUAUACGGGGUUUCGGUUAACAGGCUGUCAAAAGUAGGUUAUUCCAAACAGUUGACUAAUUCUAGGAACAUCCACUUGAGAAGUCGUCAUCUUAAUGAUUGUAACUCGUCUUUAUCAGUUUCUGAUUGCUCGAUUCAAAGGGAUAAAAUCAUGGUCGACGACAUGAAAACUACACACAAUCAUUCGAGCAAUUUCGUUAAUCCCACCCAUUCUGAUGCUGAAAGUUCCCAAGUCAAGGAACGAUUUUCUGCUGAUGGUUUAUCUUCAGCAUCAACGCACGCAUCCCCUGUACAAGGAAAUAUCAUGGAUGGAACGUAUCAAAGAUCUGCUGACGCUCAGCGUCUUACAAGAGAGUUGGCAACUUCGCCUACAUUGUGUGAUAGUAGCUCCAAUCCUUUUUUGACCAGUACAGGCACGUCUCCAAGAUGUCGAGAAAAGGAAGGAAGCUGGCUUGAUUAUCUGUCUUGUGGUCUAGCUCAUGGUAAGGAGCUUGAAAUGUCUUUAGCAGUUGAUAUUGUCAAGAAACAAUGUUACUGGACAAAAAAUAUGGGCGGUGCUGACUUAAAUGUUCAGAAAGACUUAAUAAACGUUUCCAUUGUGUUGGGACCACCACAAUCGAAAUCUCGUGUAUUGCCGGGUGUUGUAGUCCAGUUUUCUGACAAUUGUCCAUUUAUAACAAAGAAAUCUGUUAAAAAUGCACGACGAAUGGCAUUGAUUAAAGGUGACGUCAGCUAUGCCUACCGACAUCCGGGUUUUAAGGAUCCAGUGAAAAUAGCGCAAUAUUCAAAUAAGGACGAAUUCUGCUGUUCAAGCAAAGAUGGGCAAAAAAAAUGGACAAAUCGUGUAUUGACACUCAUACAAUCGUUUGAUAUUGGUGUAAUUGCCCUUCGUGGUAAGAUAUCCACAGAUCUUAGGGACACUUUGCAAGCUCGUGGUGUGGCUAUUAUUGAAAACUUGAGUUUUUUUCAGCUACAUCUAUUGGCUAAAUUAACGGAAUGUUCGAUUGUGUCUUAUAUUUUGAACAUAACCGAACGUUGUUUCGGAAAACACGUUUCAAUGCGUGUGUGGGACAGCGGUUGGUCACGUGGUACAUAUUUACGUAAAUCUAAUGUCAAUAGAACAGUUGUAUUUGGUCAACUUUAUUUCCAUUCGUUAGACGAGAAAUGUGUUGGAAAUGUUUAUUCAGCAGUUUUAUGUAAUCCAAUCCAAGACUUGCUUGAGGACAGCAGGUUGCGGUUUUUGAAUUGUCUUGAUCGUCUUCACAAUGCUGCUGUCGAUAAAUGUGUUUUGCCUGGUGGAGGUGAGGUGGAAAUGACUUGUAUUCGUCACAUCAAAGAUGUGAAAGAUUAUAAAGCUGAAGAUACUGCACUCUUAUCACGUUGGGUUCAAGAGGAUUACGUUAUAUUUCGAUCAUUGAUUGUGAAUGCUAUUUGUUCAGGAUUAAGAAAAUAUGUGUCAACGCUCAAAUCUAACAUCGUUGAAGAAUCCUUGUUGGCAAAUGAUUCUCCCAACCAGACGAUAGGCGUCCAUCUGUUCGAUAAUUAUUCAUCAAAAUUAGAGGCUUGGAAGAGAGCUAUUAGAACAGUUAAAUUAUUUCUUAAUUCAGAAAAUCACAUUGUAACUGGUUUGUAAAAUACAAACUGAAAAAUUCCAUUCCAAAUUUUGUAAUGAUACAAUACUGUAAAGUAAAUGGUUUGAACCCGGA